AUGUUGUCCAGAGAGCAGUUGACAGACCUGCAUGAGAAUUUCCCGACCAUCAGUGAGAGCGGAAGCGGAUUCAUUCCUCGGAGUGAUGUGCAGACGGCGCUUAAGGUCCUCGGUAUUGACGUUCCCGGAUAUAAGGUCAGUUUGUGGUCUGGGAGAGCUCUUGCAUGACAUCAGUGACGACAAAGGCAGCCACUUGACAAGAAGAUAUUGUUUGCAAAAGAGUCUGACAAACGGAUUGCUGAUUACAGAUGCGCGAACUGCUUGACCAACACUUUGGAAACGAGGGACAAAUCGAUGCGGACAAGUUCGGGAAGCUCUACGAAUCACUUGAUGCACAGAGAAAUGAGGAGGCAAAUCGAUGGAAGCAACAGACAAAGUGAGCGUCUGAGUGCGCCAGACCAGCAGCCAACUGAUCGUUUUCAGACAAGUCAGCGGAGCCUAUCAAGUGCACAGUGCUAAGCAGGAGAAUGCCCACCACACCAUCCGCGUCGAAGAAGAAGUAGCCUUUUCCAACUGGAUCAACAGCAACCUGUCAGAUGAUGUGGAUUUGAAACGAUUGUUGCCGGUGAAUCCAAAAGGAGGAGAGCUGUAUUCGAAAGUACAAGACGGUCUCGUCAUAUGUAAACUCAUCAAUUUGGCCGUUCCGGGGACAAUCGACGAGAGAGCGAUCAACAAAAAGAACCUGAACACUUACACGAAACUUGAGAACUUGACUUUGGCUCUGAUGUCUUCUCAGGCCAUCGGAUGCAACAUUAUAAGCAUUGACAGCAUCGAUUUGAGCAAAGGAACUGCUCAUCUGGUGCUCGGACUCCUCUGGCAAAUCAUUCGGAUUGGACUCUUCAAUCAGAUCGAUUUGCAGCAUUGUCCCGGACUUUUUCGUCUUUUGAGAGACGGAGAGACACUGGAAGACUUGCGAAGACUUUCUCCAGAGGAAAUCCUUAUGCGAUGGGUCAAUUAUCAUCUGGAGAGAGCUGGAACUCAACGACGACUUCACAAUUUCACUUCGGAUAUUGUCGAUUCUGAGAUCUACACCCAUUUGCUCCAUCAGAUUGGUCCAGUCGGAAGCGGUGUGACACUGUCCCCUUUGGGAGUCCAGGGAAACAUUCCACGUGCCGGAGCUAUGCUCGACGAGGCCGAGAAGCUCGAUUGCCGUGAAUUUGUGACUCCAACGGACGUCGCCGCUGGGAACUACAAACUAAACUUGGCGUUCGUGGCAAAUCUCUUCAACAAACAUCCGAACCUUCCUGGUCCGGGAGCAGAUGAGAUCGGUACGUGUUUCUUUGAAAAAAAGAGAUUCUAACGCCCUUUGGAGGUUUUUCAGUGGAAGAUGUCAUCGAAGAAACACGCGAGGAGAAGACGUACAGGAACUGGAUGAACUCGAUGGGAGUGGAUCCACACGUAAACUGGCUCUAUGCCGAUCUUCAGAACGGAGUCGUUAUCUUCCAGGUUUGACCUUUGCAGACAAUGUUUUGCGAAUCAUCUCAAAAUUUGCAGCUCUACGAUAUUAUUCGACCGGGAAUGGUGACGUGGAAGCGAGUUGUGAGGACCUUCCACAAACUGCGUGGAAUGAUGGAUCAGAUCCAGAAUUGCAAUUACGCAAUCGAACUCGGAAAGCAGCUCAGGUUUUCGUUAGUCGGAAUUCAAGGAAAGGACAUUUACGACGGAUGCAAGACGCUCAUUCUGGCUCUCGUUUGGCAGCUCAUGCGUGCGUACACUCUUUCCGUCCUCGCUCAAUGCACUCAGAGCGGAGAUUCCCUUCCGGCCGACAAGGAUAUCGUCGUGUGGGUCAAUCAAAAGCUGUCGACCUCCGGAAAGUCUUCAUCGAUCCGUUCGUUCCAAGACUCGGCCAUCUCCGACGGACGAGUCGUUCUCGAUCUCAUCGACGCCAUCAAACCGAAUGUGAUUGAUCACAGUCUGAUCAAGACAGGCGGAAGCAACGAAGAUAAAAUGUCGAAUGCCAAGUACGCGAUCACCUGCGGAAGAAAGAUCGGAGCCAAGAUCUAUGCCCUUCCCGAAGAUAUUGUUGAAGUGAGUCAUGCAGAGUCUUCCAUUCGACUCACGUAAUUCUUUCAGGUGAAACAGAAGAUGGUUCUGACGGUGUUUGCCUGUUUGAUGGCUCGCGACUACAUGCCCGAUAUGAAAGAGGCUACUGCUCCAAUCGCUCCGAUUCUGAAUGGCCACUAA